AUGGAGCCUAGCGAUGCAGGGCGAGGAGGAUGGAAGUCUAAGCCUAUCCAGCCACAGAAAAACAAGAUGAACAUGAAUAUUCUCCGUCAAGAGAAGCUGAUUGCUCAGAAGAAGAAGGAGAUUGAGGCCAAAAUGGCAGAGCAAGCAAAAAUGAAUGUGCAAACCCCGAGCAAACCCCUGCCUCCAAGUUCUCCCAGUCUUCAAGGACCUUCUUCAAACAAGUUUUUAAAUGAUGGAAGCUUCUUACAGCAGUUCAUAAGGAUGCAGAAGGACAAACCCAACAAUGGUUCCACCAGUGAUACCAAAACUCCCACAACCUCGACUUCAUCACCAGGAGGAAAUGCACAGCCGAAAAAGAGCAUUCUUGUUGGCAAGCGGCCUGGCCUUGGAGUCAGUAGCAUGCUCAGUCAGUUCAAGAACUACUCACACUCACACAAGAAGAAUCCUGUUCUCAGCCAGAGGCCGAGCGUGUUUUGUUCUCCGGAUGAUGAAGAUGAGGAAGAGGAGACAGAUUACUCCAGAUUCUUAGAGAUGAAAGUCUCUCCCCCAGAGGACUCAGACACCAGACUCAUUAUCGACAAGAUGGCCUCUUUUGUGGCGGAGGGAGGAGCUGAGCUGGAGCGAAAGGCCCAGGAGGACUACAAGGACAAUCCUGUUUUCUCAUUUUUAUACGAUAAGAGCAGCAUGGAGUUUCUCUACUACAAACACAGAGUUGCCAUUUUGAGAAAGGAUUUGCUAAGACCUGAGAAUACGUCGGAUAAUGUCUCCCCCCCAGUGGACGCGGAAACCCAGCAGGUGGCUGAGAAGCUGGCCAGGUUUGUGGUGGAGGGUGGCCCCGAGGUGGAAGCCAUCGCUGCUGAGCGUAACCGAGACAACCCAGCCUUCAGUUUUUUAUAUGACCACCAAAGUCCAGCCUACCACUUCUUCAAAGAGAAAGUACAGGCGUAUCGUGCUGCUGCCUCUCGGAGCUCUUCACCUCCAGAAGCAGAAUCGAAGACAGACUUUCAGCGACCAGCUGCUUCGCCAUUAUCGCUGAAUGCCGCUCCUCCACCACACACUCGGGAGGCAGAAACUCCGCCUGUCAAACGGAAGAGAAAGAGUAGAUGGGGGUCUGAGGAUGACAAAGUCGAGUUGCCCAUUCCUCCCAUCAUUGUUCCUCCGGAGCUCACUGUUCCAGACCAUGACACACCUUCUCUCUCUGCCCAGGACCUGAGGGGUCUCGGUUAUAAGAAGGGAAAGCCUCUUGGUCUGGUAGGAGUGACGGAACUAUCUGAGGACCAGAAGAAACAACUCAAAGAACAACAAGAGAUGCAAGAGAUGUUUGACAUGAUCAUGAAGCACAAGCGUGCGAUGGCGGAGAUGCAGGUGAUGUGGGAGAAGGCCAUCAGAGACCAUCAACAUGAAUACGACAGUGAUGAAGAAGUGGACCAGCAGGCAGGCACCUGGGAGCAUCGUCUCCGACAGAUGGAAAUGGAGAAGACUCGCGAGUGGGCAGAAUCUCUGACAGAUAUGGGUAAAGGGAAACAUUUUAUUGGUGACUUCCUGCCCCCUGAGGAGCUGGACAAGUUCAUGGAGACCUUCAAGGCCCUCAAGGAGGGCCGGGACCCAGACUACUCAGAAUACAAAGAGUUUAAGUUGACGGUGGAGAAUCUUGGUUUCCGAAUGCUUAUGAAGAUGGGCUGGAAGGACGGUGAUGGCCUCGGCAGUGACGGACAGGGCAUCAAGGCUCCUGUCAACAAGGGUCAGACCGCUAUGAACGGAGCCGGGUUGGGAGUUGACCGUCCAGCCUCGCUCACAAAAAAUGACGAUGAGUACGAUGCUUUUAGAAAGAGGAUGAUGCUGGCUUACCGCUUCAGGCCAAACCCAUUGAAUAAUCCACGGAGACCAUAUUACUGAUGUAGAGGACUGUUUCUUUUGUUUAUACUUGUUCAUGUUUAUCAUAACUUAAAAAGCUGUUUUCUGCAGCUGCCACAGCUCUGCUCGGUUUGUGAAAUGGACUCUUGUUGCAGAAAUUUUAGUACGUGUGUGACGAGUAGAGAGAUUCUCAAUUACGUUUGAAGUUUAAAAUGUUUCCUUUAAAUAAUGGAUCACCUGUUUUGUUACAUUUCAAUUUAAUACUGUAACGACUUAAAAUAUAUAAACUUGCAUCGCCUGGCUUCCAGAAGGAGUUCACUCUUCAGUUUGUGUUACCAUUUUGUUCCCUUUCAGAGCUUGACUCGACUAUGCAUUUCCAACUAUAUAACAUUUUCCUCACUGUGUUAUAACUGAUUUUUGAUUCCUGUCAUUAUAUGCUUCUGUGAUCACAAUAAAAAAUGGCCACUUGCUGAAAUGUGGACAAAUAUGUCUUUAUAA